CGCGAGUGAGUGACUGUGAUGAUUUGAAGCGCGUGAGAUGAUAUAACAGAACGGAACUGUUCUUGAAGCGAAAUGAAGUUCCGCAAAACCCUCUUAUUGCUUGAUUGCAUUGUUAGCUACUGUUUCUGACUCUGUCCGAUUCUUGAGCCAUUCUCUUCUCAAUUUCUUUCAUUUCCUUUCAUCAUCAGUGUUCCUGUAUUGUGAGUAACAAAAUGGUCGGAAGUGUUGAUGUUUUGGCCAAUGAUUUGAGCAUUAAUGGAGCAGUUGAACCAUUGCCUCAGGAUUUUGAUGUGGCGGCCAUUAUCAAAGAUCCUUUGCCUUCCCUAGUUGCAGAAAAUGGCAUAGUCAAGGAGGAGGCUCAGAUCAAUGAAGGAAACGAGAAAAGAAAAAUAGUAUUGGGAAGAAAUAUUCAUACCUCAUGUCUAGAAGUCACGGAGCCAGAAGCAGAUGACGAGGUUACUGGGGAUCGGGAAGCUCAUAUGGCAAGUGUGUUGGCAAGAUACAGAAGAUCUUUAACUGAAAGGACAAAGUAUCAUUUAGGCUACCCCUAUAAUUUGGAUUUCGAUUAUGGUGCACUCUCUCAACUUCAGCACUUUUCCAUUAACAACCUUGGAGAUCCAUUCAUUGAAAGCAAUUAUGGUGUCCACUCUCGGCAAUUUGAAGUUGGUGUUUUGGAUUGGUUUGCCAGACUGUGGGAACUGGAGAAAAAUGAGUACUGGGGCUAUAUAACAAACUGUGGCACAGAAGGCAAUCUCCAUGGCAUCCUUGUUGGGAGAGAGGUGUUACCAGAUGGGAUUUUGUAUGCCUCACGAGAGUCGCAUUAUUCAAUUUUUAAAGCUGCCCGUAUGUACCGAAUGGAAUGUGAGAAGGUUGAGACUCUUUGUUCUGGUGAGAUUGAUUGUGAUGAUUUCAAGGCCAAACUUCUUUGUCACCAGGACAAGCCAGCAAUUAUAAAUGUGAAUAUAGGUACAACUGUGAAAGGAGCUGUGGAUGAUCUUGAUCUGGUCAUACAGAAGCUUGAAGAAGCCGGAUUUUCGCAGGACAGGUUCUACAUCCACUGUGAUGGGGCUUUGUUUGGUCUCAUGAUGCCUUUUGUGAAAAGAGCUCCAAAAGUUACUUUUAAGAAGCCUAUUGGCAGUGUCAGUGUUUCUGGCCACAAAUUUGUGGGGUGCCCCAUGCCUUGCGGUGUGCAGAUAACUAGAUUGGAGCAUAUUAAUGCUCUUUCCCAAAAUGUGGAAUACCUUGCUUCUAGGGAUGCCACAAUCAUGGGUAGUCGAAAUGGCCAUGCUCCCAUAUUCCUUUGGUAUACCUUGAACCGGAAAGGAUACAGAGGCUUUCAGAAAGAAGUACAGAAAUGCUUGAGGAAUGCACACUACUUCAAAGAUCGCCUCGUCGAGGCUGGAAUUGGGGCAAUGCUUAAUGAGCUUAGCAGCACUGUUGUAUUUGAGCGGCCACAUGACGAGGAAUUUAUACGCAGGUGGCAGUUAGCAUGCAAAGGGAACAUCGCUCAUGUGGUAGUGAUGCCAAACGUCACUAUUCAGAAGCUAGACGAUUUUCUGAACGAGCUUAAGGAGAAGCGUGCUGCCUGGUUUGAAGAUGGGAAGUAUCAACCUUAUUGUAUAGCAUCAGAUGUAGGUGAAAAUCAUUGCCUUUGUGCUCUGCAUAAGUAAUUGUAGCAUAUAAUGCAAUCCAGAGUUUACAACUGUGGUUGUUUUUUUUUAGAGUUUUUUAUGCGGUGAAUUUUAUCAGCACCUUUGAUGCACUUUAAUAACAUUUAGAAUCGUUUUUGCUUUCCUACUCA